AAAAGAGGAAUGUUUGGUUUCUAGUUGAGAGAUUAUGAUUGUGAAAUAGUGGAAUUCAUGCAUAUCACAUUUGAAAAUGUAACGCAACUAAGUGUUUAUUUAGAGAGAACAUAAAAAGGUUUGUGAACGUGAUUCGCAUUAGGACACUUUUUUUUUAACGAAGGAACUGCACUGCCUCGCCACAGCAGAUAGAUUGGACCAAACAUCGAUUGGUAAAAUUAUCUGCCUUCCUCUUAGCGUGAUCUCCAGUGAAAUAAAAGUCUCCCUGUGCGAGAUUCUGACCUCGAAGGUUGUGUUUGUUCCUUUGCAUACCGAAUUCAAAUUGAGCGUGGGAGAGAAUCUUGAGGCCCGUUUGCUCGUGUUUUUCUUAAAUGGCUAGUAAAGCAUCCGUGGGUAGUAACGCAUCUAUUGCUCUUCAAGCUGCUUUUGACGACAGUUCUCGUCUGAGUCAUGUGUUAGAGGAGAUGAAAGCCGACAUAAGAAAAACCACUUUGGAAACGAAAAUCAACAAUGGCGACGACCUUGCGACUCCUCUCAUCAUCGCUGCUCGUGAUGGAAAACUGGAUUCUGUGAAAGUCCUUUUACGUUACGAAGGAAACAUCGAGGCUCGUGGAUCGAUUAAAGUUGAAGGAAAGGUUUUGGAGGGUUGCACAGCUUUGUGGAUCGCUGCUGCAAAAGGUCAUCUUGAGGUUGUGAGAAUCUUGAUCGAACAAAACGCCGACGUCGACGGCAGAACAUCGACAAAUGCGACUCCUUUGAGAGCUGCUGCCUUUUAUGGACGCCUUGAUAUCGUGCGCUGUUUGGUUGAGAACGGAGCCGAUGUAAAUGCACGCAAUCAUGUCAAUAGUACUCCUCUGAUGAUAACAUGUUACAAUGGUCACAUAGAUGUUGUUUCCUUUCUUGUCGAAAGUGGCGCAAAUAUACAUCAAGAAGACACUAAUGGAGAAACAUGUCUUCAUUAUGCUGCGGAACGGGGACACCUUCAGAUAGUUGCUAAGCUGCUAGCUUUGGGAGCGAAAGAAAAACACAAUCUUAACGGUCUAACACCACUUCUUGUAGGCAGUAAUCAUUGUAAAACUGAAAUGGUGGAGUAUUUUAUCAGCCGACCAGAAUGUACAAAGGAACAGAGAAUUGAUGCUCUUGAACUUCUCGGUGCCACCUUCGCUAAUGAUAAGAAUGCUUAUGACACUGGGAAAGCAAUUAGUUUCAUG